CCGAUUCGGUCGCCUUUCACGCCAAGGAUCGCUACGCGAGCGAUCCUUUCCUGAAGGAUACCGGGCGAUCCCGCAGUCGCUGUGUAAAGAGGCGGAUUACACGGUGUCCAUUUCAAGAUGUACAAGGAAUUGGUGUUUGCGAAGUCCAAGUGUUAAACGAGCGUGAAAUUUCGGAAGAAUCGCUCAGCGGGUACCGAUCAAUGCGAAUUCAACAACGUCACGCUAUUCGUCCCGCCGUACGAUACCUAUCAACAAGGGAUGUCCUGUAAAGUUCUCCGGUCAUGGUUUCUUCUCGGUGAAGCUGUGCAUCUGAAUAUUUCAACAACGAAAGCGCGACCAAGAAAGAGAGAGAGAGAGAGAGAAAGAAUGUGUGCAUGUGUGUGUAUCUACUCUCUUUCAAUUAUCAAUUCGGCCAGGCCGUAGAAAGGCAGGAAGGCAUGCAGUCAAGUGUAACCGACACUAACGAGUCCGGUGAGAUGUUGAGAGAGACCUCGGAAGAGCUGGGAAACCAGGUAUCGGAUCUCGUCGACACCCCGCGGUACGCCUUUAAGAAUAUCGAUGCGGGCGGGUGCUUUUUCUCAGCGCAUUCUCUCGUCUUUAUUGGGAAAGCGACAGAGAGAGAGAGAGAGAGAAAGAGAGAGCGAAGGGGCGAGAUCCACUUAGCACGCCGCUUAGACGCGAAAACAUCUGUAUUGUCGCUGCAUUAGCGCCGAGAAUUCAUCCCCCCGUGAUCGCCGGAGAAAUUGUAAUCUUUUACGAAGAAGCCGCCCCAUCGAGAUAGAGAGAGAGAGAGAGAGAGAGAGAGGGGGGGAGGGAGGAUUUAGCCGAAAGAGAUUUUGCGUCAACGAAAAAUUCAUGCAAAACGCGAUAUCGCGAAACACAAUAUUUUUAUUUUAGUUUAUAUUCGCUCUCUCGAUAGAAACUCAUUUUAUGUAUUCAAAACAGCGUGACUUCCGUUGCGCGCGUUCUGUUCAGAAUAAACUUAUUUAACUUGGUUACUUCUCUUUUUCGAGAAAGCUUAUCUCAUUCAUAAUUCAUGACAUUUCAAGGUACAGAUUUCAAAAUAAACUCGUUUAACUCCGUUUAUCAUUUUCUCGUCCCGAGCAACAAUUUGUUCGCGUAGCGAAGCGCCUGAAAGUCGCAAAAAGAACAUCAGCAGAUCAAGAGAUAUAUUAGCGAUAGGCCGGUUCUCAUCUGGUCGCUAAUAAAAUUCACGACGUACGCGAAUACAAUGGCCAUUCCGGAGUUGCGAGAAAGGGAGGGACGAUGCCCAUCCUCCUCAAGAUUUCCUCGCAGAAUCCCUCGCGUGCGCGCGCGCUACUACGUCUUCUGGUUCCGACAACGGCCUAAAACCGGUAGGUAGAUAAGUAGGCAUAUAGGCAGAGAUAGGCAGGCAUAUAAUACGCGUACACAGAUCGCACAGAAUGUGGGAUCCGGUUCGCCGGAUCGGGCGUACGAUUAACGUACGGAUUAGGAUUAAGCCCGGCGUGGAUUUCGCUGCGCCCGAAUGGACCGCACGAAGGGGACGUACCUCGGCGGAGGACAGGGAGGUGAGGCCCGUCGCGAGGGGUAGAAACGUGACGAACGCGGGGAGAGCAUUUACAAUGUCGAGAUGCGCACCCCAAUGAGAGAGAGAAAACCUUUUUCACGCUCGAUCUCCGUGUAUCCGCGUCACGAUUCUGUACCCCCCCUCCCCCUUCUCUCUCUCUCUCUCUCUCCCUUUGAUGCUUCUUCUCGAGGGGCAAAGACGCGAGGACGACAGUCAAUGCACAUUACAACGGUUUUAUGUUAUUAAUAUGGACGCAUUGGCCGGGAUUUGAAUAAUUGAACAGAUCCGAGCGGAUUCGCUAGCCGAUACGAACCUGAUAACAUGGUAGAGAGCACUUAUGCGAGCGACUCGCCGAGAUCACGCUCGUCCAUGACGGAAUCAUCGAGUCCGCUGCACGAUGGUCCCGGUAUAUCCGGCUACGGCCACCACAACAGCUAUCUGUACAGCUACUCGCCCGAGGCGAGUAAUCAGAAUCACAUCUCGGCGACGGCGAGACGCAACAACAACACGAGUGAGACGAGCGAUGCCGCGCGUGAUGAACGGACGUUCGCCAGGAGUCCGAUCGGUUCCGCGGGGGAUGUUGCGCCCCGGCACAGGAAUCUACGCGAGUCGGUCCCCUCGCGACCGGGAGGCUCCUCCGCCACCAUGUCGUCCCCCACAUCGCUCUUCACCAUCGACAGUAUCCUGGCGCCGAGGCCGAUCGGCAACGUUAUCGCGCCCACGAGCACCACCACCGUCGCAGCGUCCGCGAUCCAGACGCCGGACACGAUCGAAUCUGCCGCCAGUCGUACCACGGCGAUCCAUCCGUUACAGCAGCAGCUGCAUCACUUGGCGUUCACCUCGGCGGAUUUUCUCGCCGCGGCAUAUCCUGGACUGUAUCCUGGAGGAUACGUGGCAGCGAUGGCCGCCGCCGGCGUUUCCCUCCACGGACAACCGGCCUUCUAUCACGCCGGCCAUCCUUAUCAAAUAAAUCCGAAUAAUCCGGGAAUGGGCCCGAUGGCGAAGCGAAAACGCCGCCAUCGAACGAUAUUCACGGAGGAACAAUUGGAACAAUUGGAGGCUACCUUCGAUAAGACACAUUAUCCCGAUGUGCUCUUGCGUGAACAAUUGGCCCUUCAGGUCGACCUUAAGGAGGAAAGAAUUGAGGUAUGGUUCAAAAAUCGUCGCGCCAAAUGGCGGAAACAGAAGCGAGAGGAGCAGGACCGUCUGCGGAAGUUGCAGCUGGAGCAGCGUCAACGCGCCGACGAUGGCGGUACCACGGCGACGGUGAUGGUGGGCGAUCGUUUGAGCCUAAGCAGGCAGCAACAACAGAAGCUGGAAGACACGGACAGCUCCGAUCUCGAAGUGGCGUAGUGCGAUCACGUGGACGAAAGGAGACUAGAAAUUUCGCUCAUCGUUGGGUCGAGGAAAUUAAAGAUGACGGCACUUCCGCGCUUUUAUCAACGGACAGCAUGUAUAUACGUAAUUGCGUUGUAAAUAUCACUGUAAAUAUGAGUAACGAUGGAUGUGUACGAUACCAAAAUAAAUUAUUGCGUCGGAGCAAGAGGCGGCGUGACGUUUGAUCUCCUUGCACGUGGACGCAAAUCUCUG